AUGGCAUUAAUGCUCAAGAAGUUUGGUGACUAUUUCACCCCGAAGACGAACCUAUUCCACGAGUGGAUGGUGUUCGAGCGUGCAGCGCAGCGUCCAGGUGAGACGGUGGAAGAGUUUCUCCCACGUCUGCACGUGAUAGCUGAGACAUGCGAGUUCGGAAACUACAAAUCCGAUCGCAUUCGUGACCAUUUCGUUGCCACCUUGCUAGAUGAGAAAUUAGCAACGGACUUGCAGCUGACGGACAAUCUGACCUUGGAAAAGGCUACAGAGAAAGCUCGCGUGUACGAGCUCGUCCGCCAGCAAGUCGCCUCACAGCGCGGCCAUGCCAGUGCUACACCUGCGUCAGCCGCUGUCGCUGGUGCUUCUGCUGCUCCUCGUAAGAGCACAGGAUCGUUCAAGAGUAAGUCUGAUGGACCUGCCGGCAGUCAGUCUCACAAUCUCUGCAUGUUUUGUGGUGGUAAGUCCCAUACCCGCGACCGCUGUCCUGCUCGGGAUGUUACCUGCCGCAGCUGCUCCAAGAAAGGCCAUUACGCCCGUGUGUGUCGCUCAUCCGAGAAGGGGUCACACUCAUCUUCCAGGCAAUCCAGUAGCUCUGGUGCACAUUCUCUGGCCACACAGGACGAUCCGGGUGUGACUGAGGAUUGGGCCUACUUGGAUUUAGAUAGUAUCGCAUCAGGCAGCAGUCCAUGGAUGUGUGAUCUGCUGUUGUACGGGAAGUCCGUACCGUUCAAGAUUGACACUGGAGCGGAUAUCACUGUGAUUACUCCAGCAACAUACGAAUCCCUCAAGUCACCACCGCCUCUGAGCUCUCCUACAACACGGUUGACAGGAGCCAAUGGUGAUAGCAUCGACUGCAAAGGCACAUUCAGCGCAACUUUGUCCAGCCCAAAGCUCAGUUCCUCGCAGCACCAGCUGGAGAUUCACGUUCUGACACGGGGCAAAUCCAACCUCCUGAGUCGCGAAGCCUCACAAGCAAUGGGUUUUGUGUUCAAAGGCAUCUCAGAAGCGAAGCAGCCACCUUUUGGACGCAUGCUGGGUGAGCCCGUCAAGAUCGCUCUGAGGCCUGAUGCCGCUCCAUACCAGUGCUCAACAGCUCGUCGCGUGCCGAUUCCGAUCCUGCCGAAGGUCAAAGCAGAGCUUGUCCGCAUGGAAGCUGCCGAUGUCAUUACAAAGAUCACAGAGCCUACGGACUGGUGCGCACCCAUGGUGCCCGUUGCCAAAAAGAACGGCGACGUCCGGAUCUGCGUAGAUCUGCGACGUCUGAAUGCUUCGGUCAGGCGCGAAACCUUCAUCCUGCCCACUGUCAACGAGACAUUGCCAUUGGCGAAGCUGAGUGGCGCAACAUGCUUCACCACCCUGGAUGCAGCAAAAGGUUUCUGGCAGGUGCCUCUUGAUGCCGAAACAGCUAAGCUCACCACGUUCAUCACGCCAUUUGGACGUUACUACUUCCGCCGGCUUCCGUUUGGCAUAACAUCGGCGCCAGAAAUAUUCCAGCGCAAGUUAAUGCAAUACCUGGAUGGCCUUCCAGGGGUGUGCGUCUUCAUGGACGACAUCCUGGUCUUUGGUGCGACAGUCGAGGAGCACGAUGCUACCUUGGAGAAGGUCCGAUCAAUCCUGCGCAAUGUUGGUGUCGCCCUUAACCCCGACAAGGAACAUGUUCGCCAACCGUCAGUUGAGUUCUUGGGCCAUGUCGUCUCCGCUGAUGGAGUCAGCCCCAGUCAGCAGCGCCUCACCGCUAUCUCCGAGCUCCAGGCACCAGCCGAUCUCCCUGCACUACGUCGCGUGCUGGGUAUCUCAGCAAGUUUCUGCCAGAAAUGGCCACCGUUUCUCAGCCGCUCCGAUUGCUCCUCCGCGCUGACACAGUGUGGUGUUGAGAUGCUCUCCAAGAAGAAGCUUUCCAACGACUCAACCAACUCGCUAGCCAGUCUCCGUGCCUAG